GCCGCCGCCAUAGAGACUGUAGCCGUGGAGACUGUUACUUACCAACGGGGACCAACACGCAGCAGCCGCCGCCGCCGCCGCGGGAGCCGCUGCCCGAACUCCUGGCCCGAACUCCAGAUCCCCGGGUGUUGCUGCAGGGAUCUUUGCCUCGAUGUCCUGUCCCGGGCCAGUUGAGAUUGAUCUGUACCCCGGAGAUUGAUGACCACCUCAAGACACGCAAGAUUCCCUCUCUCCCUGAGACGGCAGAGGCUCCUCCCGGCGGGCCGUCCACUUGUCGCCCAGAGAAUGAGAACUCAGCCUUCGAAACCGUCUCACAGCCAGAUUACUGGCCUCGCACGUUUCUCUUGCAUUAAAUCUGUCGAGCUGAGCAUGCAGAAUUCAGAGAGCGGAUCCGAGUCGCCAGCUUCUGUGGCUUUGCGUCCAUCGGCGGCAGCCCCAGCACCCGGGGCCCAGCCCGUGCCCGCCUCGCCGCAGCGGGUGUUGGUCCAGGCAGCCGGCUCCGCUCCCAAAGGGGCCCAGAUGCAGCCGAUUUCCCUUCCCAGAGUGCAGCAGGUGCCACAGCAGGUGCAGCCCAUGCAGCACGUCUACCCAGCCCAGGUGCAGUACGUGGAGGGGGGAGACGCCGUCUACACGAAUGGAGCCAUACGCACGGCCUAUACCUACAACCCCGAGCCCCAGAUGUACGCCCCCAGCAGCGCCGCGUCCUACUUCGAGGCCCCGGGUGGCACCCAGGUGACUGUGGCGGCCUCAUCCCCGCCGGCAGUCCCCUCCCACAGCAUGGUGGGCAUCGCCAUGGACGCCACAGGAAGCCCCAUCAUCUCCAGCGCGGGCGCCUAUCUCAUCCAUGGGGGGAUAGACAGCACGAGGCCCUCCCUGGCCCACACGUCCAGGUCGUCACCAGCCACGCUUGAAAUGGCGAUUGAAAACCUCCAAAAAAGUGAAGGGAUUACAUCACACAAAGGCGGUUUACUCAACAGCCAUCUCCAGUGGUUGUUGGACAAUUAUGAAACCGCCGAAGGCGUGAGUCUGCCCAGAAGUUCCCUCUACAGCCACUACCUUCGACACUGCCAGGAGCACAAGCUAGACCCCGUGAACGCCGCCUCCUUCGGGAAGCUGAUCCGCUCCGUGUUCAUGGGCCUGAGGACGCGACGCCUAGGAACCAGGGGCAACUCCAAGUAUCACUACUACGGGAUCCGCCUGAAGCCAGACUCCCCGCUGAACCGGCUGCAGGAGGACACGCAGUACAUGGCAAUGCGGCAGCAGCCCGUGCACCAGAAGCCCAGGUACCGGCCAGCCCAGAAGACAGACACCCUCGGGGACAGCGGCUCCAACAGCAGUCUGCACAGCACGCCCGAGCAGGCCAUGGCCACCCAGAGCCAGCACCACCAGCAGUACAUAGAUGUCUCCCACGUCUUCCCGGAGUUCCCGGCCCCGGACCUGGACGGCAUGCUGCUGCAGGGGGACCUCACGCUGCGCGACGUCAAGGCCCUGCAGCUGGCCUACAGGCGGCACUGCGAGGCCACACUGGACGUCGUGAUGAACCUCCAGUUCCACUACGUUGAGAAGCUCUGGCUUGCCUUCUGGAGCUCGAAAGCCACCUCCAGCGAUGGCCCUGCCUCCAUACCUGCCAGUGAAGAAGAACUCGAAGGUGCCAUCAUCGCAAAGGACAAGCUCAUUUCUCUUUGCAAAUACGACCCCAUCCUGAAGUGGAUGCGGACCUGCGACCACAUCCUGUACCAGGCGCUGGUGGAGACGCUCAUCCCUGACGUGCUGCGGCCCGUGCCCAGUACCUUGACACAGGCCAUCCGUAAUUUUGCCAAGAGCUUGGAAGGCUGGUUGACAAACGCCAUGAGCGACUUUCCCCAGCAGGUCAUCCAGACCAAGGUAACUGUCCAGGGGCGGUGUUUGAGCUCCCAGACCACAGCUGGUCACAGGGAGCCGGGGAGCUGCCGGCUGGGAGCUGGGCCCACCCACUCCCUGCUCUGCUGGGUUCGCCAGGAGGGAGCCGGGGAGCAGCGGCUCAUCACAGCGCUCAGCUCACAGAAGUCCAGGACCAAGUGUGAGAGCGCGGGCGAGCUCAGUGUGGCGGGCGAGCUCGGCACUGGCGCUCGGGAGGCGGCCGCAGUGGGGGAGCAAGCGGCGUGGGUGUGUCAGUGCGAGGAGAGCGUGGUGCAGCGGCUGGAGCAGGACUUCAAGCUGACCCUGCAGCAGCAGAGCUCGCUGGACCAGUGGGCCAACUGGCUGGACAACGUGGUCACCCAGGUCCUGAAACAGCACGCCGGCAGCCCCAGCUUCCCCAAGGCCGCCCGGCAGUUCCUGCUGAAAUGGUCCUUCUACAGCUCCAUGGUGAUCCGGGACCUGACCCUGCGCAGUGCCGCCAGCUUCGGCUCCUUCCACCUGAUCCGCCUGCUGUAUGAUGAGUACAUGUUCUACCUGGUGGAGCACCGCGUGGCAGAGGCCACUGGAGAGACGCCCAUCGCGGUGAUGGGAGAGUUCAACGACCUUGCCUCCCUGUCGCUGACGCUGCUCGACAAAGACGACAUCAGUGACGACCGCGGGAGCGAGGCCGACGCAGACGUCCACAGCCUGGGCGAGCCGCUGGUGAAGCGAGAGCGCAGCGACCCCAACCACGCCCUGCAGGGCAUCUAGCGCCGGGGCCUCGGGCUUCCAGAAGGUCCCGGCGGCCGCCCGGGAGCUGGACGGCCCAGCGCUCACCGACAGUGCCUCUCAGACAGCGCAGGGUUUCCUCCCACUCCAGGGGCCUGGGGUCCGCACGGCCACAGACUCGACAUUCUCAAAGAAGGAGAGUGGUGUCAUCUCGGCGAAGCUGUCGGGCGGCCCCCGCGUGCCCGGGGCUGUGUCUGUGGUGUCUCUGAGAAGGGAAGUGGGACCUGCCUUAACAGCUCACCUGUACCCACACCAGGGGCUCUCUCACGCUCCCAGUGUACCUGCUGGAACUGCCAACUUUUGGUCCGAAUCCCAGACGUCGGGCCUUCCAGAGCUGAGCAAGUUGGUGUCCUCCAGGUUUUCUUCUCCAUACAACUGGUACCAAUUUUCACCAUGAUUAAAAAGAAAAAAAACCUCAGACAGAGCCUGAGGGGGAAGCAACAGCCUUUUCCCCUUCUUGUCCCGCCACUGCGGGGCGGGCGCCAAGCCCGCGGCUUCCAUGGAGUUCUCCCUCAGGGAUGGAGCAGGGGCCACCACCGCCCAUGGCCUUCCGUGGACAGGCCAUCUGCAGCUCCUGCCCUCCCAGGCUGUGCUGAGGCAGGUAGCAGGCUGCGCUCACAGCCUCCAGCCGCACAUGGGAGAUGCACAACAGAUGCCAAAGGACUUGAGAAGCAGCUGCCAAUGUCCCCGUGUCCCCAGACAUAUCCACAGCCAUGGCCCCAUAUGGUUCUCCGAACAAGCCACAGAAACAGAGGCCAGCACGCCAAGACACAGUGGUGCCUUUAGAAAACCCACACCAGAAGUUUUAUCAGCAACGGGAACAAUUUGGGGUUUUGCCCAAGUUCAGUCAACGGCUGGGUCUGGAAUGCAUUUUGUUUCUCGUGUGUUCCAAGUGGGCCAGGGGGCCUGGCGGUCACAGGCACCACCCUGCCAUGUCUGUGCAAGCCCCAGCGCCUGUGUAGGGCUCCGCAGAAUCUUCCAGAACGCCUGCCUUUAAAUCCACAACCCUGGCGUCAUCUGACCCGGGCAAGUCCCAUCUGGAACUGUUCAAAGUCAAAGGGAUGCCGAGGACUUGCGUAGCCCUGAACUCUACGCUGUGGAUUUUUAUCCAAUCGUGACAUGUAGCUGCUGCAUUGGGUUAGCUCUGUGCAAUAGUUCUGUCGUGAAAACAACUGCAAAGCAGAGAGAGACACCUCUCGCCUCACAAGUGCCGCCUUAUGAAAUAAUAGUUUUUGUUUUUGGAAAUAUGUUUAUACGGAUAGUUUUGUGCUCUGUUAUUAGAAGGUUUCCUGUGAACAUGUAUACUGCAGUAUAUUCGGUCCCAAAUACUUUUUCUCAUUCACAAAGAAGGUACUAAUGUAAACUCACGUGGCCUUUUAGAACCUUCCAGAACAACAAGGGGUGCACUGUGCCUUUCCAGGCCUGCGCCUGGGAUACAGGGAGGGGUGAGGGGGAUGGAAGAGAGAGAUCCACGUUUAUUUUAGAAGCAAAAAAACUCCGUAAUAAUCUCAGUGUUGGUUCUUAGAUUUCAAGAUUUAGAUGAAGUCAGACAGAAAGAAUGUUUUGAAAACCUGUCUCUGCUUUCCUGGGAGACUUUUCCGCUCACUGGUAAUGGAUUGUAAUGACCUGGCUUUCCUUCCCAUAUGUGGUAACCAGAACAAACUGGGUUUCUGCCUUAAGCGCCUUCUGUUCCUUCCCAGGAUUCCGCGAGGAGGAAUAUAAACAGUAAAGCACACAAGCCUUCCGGUCUUGUUUCUCGUAGCAAUAAAUGCACCAAACGUGCCCAUCUUGGGAGUCACAG